AUUUCAACAGGUGGGGGUUAGUUUGAACGUUGGGGUAGGUCUUUGUUAUUGUUCGUUCAGGUAGUCUAAGGGUAUGUUGUUGUUUGAUAUUUUCAUUCUUUAGAGCACGUGGCUUCGUUUACCAAUAAUUCAAAGUACAAGUGAUAUACCAGUGUUACUGAUCCAAAAAAAAUGGCUGAUGAAAUUAACCCUUCAUGUCCAAUUCAUAUCAAAAUGGUGGAAGAGGAGAAAAUCUAUUUUGGUGACCACGACCACGUCCAUAUGAAACAAGAAGAGCUCAUUAUAGACGAAGAAUCCAUGAUUGCUGUCAAAGGAGAAGAAGAGGAAGUUGAGAAUAAUUAUGGUGGCCAUGCCAACGUGAAACACGAAGAACUUCUUAUCCCAGACGAAGAAUCCAUGAUUGUUGUCAAAGAAGAAGGAGAAGAAAAAGAGGAACCGAAAAUUGAUGAUGGUGAGCUCAAUCAACAAGAAGAACUGCCUCAUCCUGAUGAAAGUUCCAAGGAUAGUUGCUGUAGUGCUGAGAAGAUCUGUCAAUCUCCAUACAGUAAUUAUACAUCUUUUACACAUGGGUUAAAAGAACAUGUAGUAGUCCAUCAUACUGGUGAGAAGCCUCACAAAUGUCCUCAUUGUGACCGUAAAUAUGUUAAACCUCAACAUUUGAAAAGACAUAUAAUGUCUCGUCAUGCAAGUGAAAAGCCUGAUAAAGGUGCGUCUUGUGACUAUAAAUCAGGAUAUCCUGGAAAUAUUACACGACAUUUCAAAAUCCAUGAUACAGAUGUAAAGCCUUAUCAGUGUCCUCAUUGUGACUAUAAAUCUACUUUUCGUCAACAUUUAAGAUAUCACAUAAUGGCUCGUCAUACAGGUGCAAAGCGUCACUACUGCCACCUAUGUGACUUUAAAUCUAUAUCAUCUGAUAAAUUAAAAAUACACACUAUGGUUCAUCAUACAGAAGAAAAGCCUUAUCAGUGUGCUCAAUGUGACUCUAGAUGUGUUACAGCUACAGAAUUGAAUAUACAUAUCAUAGUUUGUCAUUCAGGCGAGAAGCCUCAUAAAUGUCCUGAUUGUGAUUAUAAAUGUUAUACACCUACACAAUUGAAGGGACAUAUCAUGCUCCAACAUACAGUUGAAAAGCCUCAUAAAUGUGCAUAUUGUGACUAUGAAUCAAUAUAUCUUGGAAAUAUUACACGACAUUUAAAAAUCCAUCAUACAGAUGUAAAGCCUCACCAGUGUCCUCAUUGUGACUAUAAAUCAGCUACACUUGACGGUUUGAGAAAACAUUUAAUUGCUCGCCAUAGAGUUCGGAAGCCUUAUCAAUGUCCCCAUUGUGAUCUUAAAUAUGCUAAAUCUAAACAUUUGAAAAGACAUAUAGUUGCUUGCCAUACAGAUGGGAAGCGUUAUCAAUGUCCCCAUUGUGAUGUCAAAUAUGUUAAAUCUAAACAUUUGAAAAGACAUAUAAUUGCUUAUCAUACAGAUCGGAAGAUUCAUCAAUGUCCCCAUUGCGAUCUUAAAUAUGUUAAAUCUAAACAUUUGAAAAGACAUAUAAUUGCUUGCCAUACAGAUGGGAAGCUUCAUCAAUGUCCCCAUUGCGAUCUUAAAUAUGUUAAAUCUAAACAUUUGAAAAGACAUAUAAUUGCUUUCCAUACAGAUCGGAAACUUCAUGAAUGUCCCCAUUGUGAUGUUAAAUAUGUUAAAUCUAAAAAUUUGGAAAGACAUAUAAUUGUUCGCCAUACAGAUCGGAAGUUUCGUCAUUGUCCCAGUUUUGAUCUUACCUUAAACAUGUUUAACCUCAAGAUUUGAAAAGACAUAAGUGCCAUCUCUGUGAUUAUAAAUCAGUUAGGCUUCAACAUUUGAAAAGACAUAUAAGGACUCGUCAUGCAGGUGAAAAGCCUAAUUGAUGUUGUGAUUGUGAUUAUAAAUCUGUUACCUAUCUAGAAUUGAAUAAACAUAUGAUGGUAGGUCAUAAAAGUGCAAAUUCCCAUCAAUGCGAUUAUUGUGACUAUCAGUAUAUUCAGGAACUAUGAUCAUACUUAAUCAUCAUCAUUUUUAAAUGACAUAUAAAAAUCAAUUAUAGAGAUAAAAAGCCUCAUCACUGUCUCAUUGUGACUAUAAAUCUCAUAAUUUGAAGACGCAUGAAAGUCCAUCAAGAUAAUAAAAAGUCUCAUGAAUGUUCUCGCUGUAGAUCUCUUACCUAUCAACCAUUUUUUCACCCAAUAUUAUUAAAUGUUUAAAUGAUACCAAAUGUUACAUUAAAAUAAAAGGUUAUAAAAUUAGUAUUGU